GUGGAGAAGAAUCCGGGGGUGGGGCCGUUCAAUCACCGAGGGGCUCGGACUUGGCUGUCACAUGGCCUUGAAUGUGCACACUGAUUACUACUAUGCCAAAUCAAGCCGUGCGCCGGACAGUUCGGGAGGCUGAUGCGAACGCAGGAACCGGGAACCUAGGAAUGUGGAUACGAAGUUGGGAGGAAGUGGCUCCUGGUUGCAGCCGAGGUAAACCUGGAACACGGCAUCCAUGUUCGCCAUGUUCUUUGAGCCGGAGGGGCGCCGUUUGGGCUUACACAAUCCACGCGCAUACUUCAUACACCAAACUCAUUCUUGUCAUCUUGGUUGACGACAAUUCACUCCUAUUCGACCUAGGAAUCAAAUCAAAUAAAAUAAAAUAAAACCAAAUCCAACAAUACACAUAAAAGACGAACGAUAUGAGUACCAAAACCCUCUUUCAACUCCCCAUCCCCCCGCUGGGCGACCAUGUCGGCGGUUCCAUUGUGGUCACUGAGCCCGAGCCGGCUGUCUACCUGCUCACCAUCAACUCGCCGCCCGACAACCGGUUGACGACGGCAUCAUGCACUGCCAUACUCGACGCCCUCGACCUGAUUGAGUUCGGCGGGUACAAGCCCGGCGUGGUCAUCACCACCAGCGCCCUCCCCAAAUUCUACUCGAACGGCCUCGACCUAGAACACGCCCUUUCCAACCAGAACUUCAUUCCGGGGGUGCUAUACAAGCUCUUCAACCGAUUCCUGACCUACCCCAUGCCCACAAUCGCCCUCCUCCCCGGCCACGCCUUCGCCGGCGGCCUCAUGCUGGCCAUGCACCACGACUACCGCAUCAUGAACCCCACGCGCGGCUUCGCCUGCGUCAACGAGCUGGACUUCGGCGUGCCCCUGAAAGCCGCCAUGAGCAGCAUCUUCCGCCUCAAGCUCCCCGCCACCACGUACCGCGACCUGGUGCUCGAGGCGCGGCGGUUCAGCGGGCCCGCGGCGGUCGCGGCGGGGUUGGUGGAUGGCGUGGGGGAUCUGCAGGCGGCGUUGGGGCUGGUGAGGGAGAGGGGCCUGGAGAGGAAGGCGGGGACGGGGAUUUAUGGGCUGAUGAAGGCGGAGAUGUAUAGGGAGAGUGUGGCGUUGUUGGGGAGGGAGGGGUGGGAGGAGGGGGAGGAGAGGGAUCGGGCGCUGGCGGAGGGUGAGGGGAGCAGACGGGAGGAGGGGGAGAGGAGGGUGGGGGAGUUGAAGGGGGAGAUGAAGGCGAGGUUGUAA